AUGAAUUCAGAAAUUGUACUUGAAGAAUAUCUCUAUAAAAGGUCACAGCAGAAGAAGUGGACAUCACCUGUGAACUACAAGGAAAGAUUAUUUGUGCUCACCAACUCCAGAUUAACCUAUUAUGAAGGUCGUUCUGAGAAGAAAAACAAGAAGGGAUCUGUGGACAUCACAAAGGUCAAAUGUGUGGAAGUGGUGAAGAAUGGAACGGACCAAGUGCCUUGUCAGAAUAAAUAUGCAUUUCAGGUUGUCUAUGAUGCAAACACACUGUACAUUUUUUCCCCAACCUCAGAGAGCCGUGACCAGUGGGUGAAAUGUAUGAAAGAAGGAAUAAAGAACAACAACUAUAUCUUACACAAAUAUCACCCCAGUCUUUGGUCAGAUGGUGUUUAUCAGUGCUGCAGACAAACAGAGAAAAUGGCUGCAGGAUGUGAGGCAUAUAAUCUCUUUGGAGGUACAUCAAAGCCCCUGCCACCUACUCCAGAUGCUAAGAAAAGGCCUCCACCUCCUUUGCCUCCAGCACAGGAUCAGGUGGAUAAAAAAAGAAGAGGAUAUAGCAAUUGCAAUGUUUGACUUUCAUCCCGUGGAGCCCCAUGACCUUAGACUGACCAUAGGGGAGGAAUAUGUGGUUCUUGAAAAGAAGGAUGUGCACUGGUGGAAGGCAAGAAAUAAGUAUGGACAGGAAGGCUACAUUCCCAGCAACUAUGUGACAGAAAAGAAACUAGACAAUCUAGAUCAAUAUGAGUGGUACAGUAGGAAUAUGAACAGAGGUAAAGCAGAACAGCUUCUCAAAAUGGAAGAUAAAGAAGGCGGGUUCAUCCUUAGGAAUUCCAGCCAAGCUGGCUUGUAUACCGUGUCACUUUAUACAAAGUAUGCAGGGGAAAAUUCCUCGCCAAUACGUCAUUAUCAUAUUAAAGAGACACAAGGAUUCCCUAAGCAGUAUUACCUGGCAGAAAAACACAUCUUUAACUCUAUUCCUGAUAUGAUUGACUAUCACAAGCACAAUGCAGCAGGCCUAGUUACUAGGUUAAGAUAUCCUGUGUGUCCGAAGAAUAAGACAGCCCCUACAACUGCAGGAUUCAGCUAUGAUAAAUGGGAAAUAAAUCCUUCUGAGCUCACCUUCAUGAAGGAGUUGGGAAGUGGGCUUUUUGGUGUGGUGCGUCUUGGGAAGUGGCGAGCCCAGUAUAAAGUUGCCAUCAAAGCCAUUCGUGAGGGUGCCAUGUCUGAAGAGGAUUUCAUAGAAGAGGCCAAGGUUAUGAUGAAACUGACUCAUCCCAAACUAGUACAGUUAUAUGGGGUUUGUACUGAAAAGAGGCCAAUCUACAUAGUGACUGAGUUCAUGGAACACGGCUGUCUACUGAACUAUCUCCGCCAAAGACAGGGACAGUUCAACGCGGACAUUUUGCUCAGCAUGUGCCAAGACGUGUGUGAUGGAAUGAACUACCUGGAACAGAACAAUUUUUUACAUCGGGACCUGGCUGCCAGAAACUGUUUAGUAAAUGAUCUUGGUGUAGUAAAAGUUUCUGAUUUUGGAAUGACAAGGUAUGUCCUUGAUAACCAAUACACAAGUUCUUGUGGAGCCAAAUUCCCUGUGAAGUGGUCACCACCUGAGGUCUUUAACUACAGCAAGUUCAGCAGUAAAUCGGAUGUCUGGUCCUUUGGUGUGUUAAUGUGGGAGGUGUUCACUGAAGGUAAGAUGCCCUUUGAGAGCUACUCCAAUGUGGAGGUGGUAGAAAUGGUGACAAGAGGGGAAAGACUGUAUAGACCCAGGCUGGCUACAAACAGAAUUUACACAAUAAUGAUGGCCUGUUGGCAUGAGGUAAGACCACAGAAAAAAUGUAGAAAUGAUAUUGUGAUUCCAGCAUGA